CAAUUAUAACCGUUUAACGCGGACUUACGUCGAGUCGUGAACUCAUCAAGAGCCACACGAAUAUUCGCACACACAAGAGUCAACGUUUGACCAUAUUCUCGUCGGGGCCGGUUGUUAUUGGUAGUCUGCUUCGCGAUGUCCGCCGCACUGCUGCGCUGUGGAUUGGUGCUUCUGCUGCUGUUUUGCCUGCUCGUUCAAGGCCAGCGGAUAGCGGAGAAAAAAUGUUCCGAGUAUCGCAAAAAGACGAUUCAAACGUCUAUGAUAAUCCCGUUGACGAUCAACCCUAGGCCCAUCCAGAUCCAACGGUUCAACUGUUCCAAGACGGUGGAUUUGAUCGUUGGCGGUGAAGCGGCCAAGCCUGGAGAGUUCCCUCAUCAAGCACUGUUAGGCUACGCGGAUGCAAGUGCCCCGGAAGGCUACAGGUUUGAUUGCGGAGGAUCGCUGAUCAGCGAGCGAUUUGUACUGACGGCAGCCCACUGCUUCGCCAAAGGGUAUCCGAAAAUCAUUCGGCUCGGAGAGCAUAGCUUAAAUGAUGAAUACGAUAAUCAGGUUGAUUUUAACAUUGAAAAGUUUUUCAAGCAUCCCGAUCACAGGUUUAAAAGCACCUACAAUGACAUUGCGCUGAUCAAGCUGGAUCAGAACGUGAAAUUCUCCAAAAUAAUACGACCCGCAUGUCUUUGGACCGGUUCAGCCUUCAACGUUUCCUCGGUGAUCGCAACCGGCUUCGGGCUCAACGACACAGCUGGGGAUAAGGCCGACAUUCUUCAAAAGGUUAUGCUGGACUUCCUGGAUCGCGAACAGUGUGACGAAAAGUUUGGCAGGAUGGAGAAGUUUCCACGUGGAGUUGUGGACAGUCAGCUGUGCAUCGGGAGCAAACGCGGUGGCAAAGAUACCUGCCAGGGUGACUCCGGAGGUCCGGUGCAGGUGAUUACGGAGCCCAAGGGAUGCACGUACCACGUUUUGGGGUUGACAUCGGCUGCCCUGCAGGGCUGUGGAAUCGGGCAGUCUGAGGCAAUCUACACCAGGGUUUCCAGUUAUAUUGAUUGGAUUGAGAAAAUUGUGUGGCCUGAAGAGACUUGAUCGUAACUCAAAUAAAUUUAGUGUUUUGGUACAACAA